AUGGCUAAAAAAUCCAAAUCCAAAUCAAGAAGUAAGAGUUCUAAGAGAGUUUUAAAUGCUCUAGAGAUCGCCGAAAGAGAACUUGAAGGUUCUGCAUCUGAUGGAGACAGUGAUAAUUAUAAUCCACGUAAAAAUGGGACAGUUGUCAACCUUUUGAAGAAGUCCGAGAGAAGGAAUGAGAGUGAUUCUGACGUAAUGUCAGAUGGGUCCUUCGAAGAUGAAGAGCUGGACUCUGACGAAGCCUUGGAUUCUGGUGAUGAGUUAGGUAAACUUGGUAAAGAAGGAGAUGUUGAUGUGGAUAAUUUAAGUGAUGGUGGUUAUACCUCUAUUGAAGAAGGUGAACUGAUGUCGUUAUCUCAAAUUUGGGAUAUGGAUAGUACUAAGACUAAACAAUCUAAAGGAGACAAAAAUGUACCAGCAGAAGAUGAAGAUACUCCAUUAAAAUUUCAAGAUUCAGAUAUAGAAUCUAGUGAUGAAGAAUCAGGUAGUGAAGGAAGUUCUGAUGACGAGGGAGAAGAUGAUGAAUCAAGCGACGAUCCAUUUGACGAGAUUUCAGAAGAUGAUGAAGACAUUGAACUGAAGACAAUUACCUCAAAUCUAUUGAAAGAUGCAUCAAAGAAUUCUUCAAAAAGGUUAGCAACAUAUGGUACUGGUGAGGAAAAUGAAUAUAUUUUGCCAUCCAUUAAAGAAAAUGAAGGUACCCAAAAAUUAAGUUUAUCUGAUAUGAUGAAUAUUGUUGAUGAUAAGCAAAUUAUAGAGAAGGCAACUUUGUUGAAAGGUGAGGGUGCAGCCACCGCAAUUCCCCUUCCACAAAGAAUUCAACAGAGAAAUGAACGUAAAGCAGCUUAUGAAAUAUCUAAAGACGAAGUUAGUAGAUGGUCUGACGUUGUUAAACAAAAUAGAAGGGCAGAACAUCUGUCGUUCCCAAUGAACCAAAAAGUAGAACACCAGGAGGCCUCUGUAUUUACAACGUCUGUAUCUGAGAACACUUCGAGUUCUUUACAGGAUAAGGUUAGAAAUGUCUUAGAACAAUCUAAUUUGGUUGAUCCCGAAAAAGAGGCUACGUUUGAAGACCUGCAUACUGCCAAGAUGACUCCAGAAGAAAUGAAGAAGAGAACUGUUGAAAUGAGAUUGAUGAGAGAUCUUAUGUUCCGUGAGGAGAGAAAGGCAAGAAGAAUAAAGAAAAUCAAGUCUAAGGCAUAUCACAGAGUUAAAAAUAAGGAGAUUCAGAGAAAUAGAGAAAAGGCAGGUAUAUCGGAUGAAAGCGACACAGAGCUAGAUAUUGCAAGAGCUAAAGAAAGAAUGACAUUGAAACAUAAGACUAACUCCAAGUGGGCAAAGGACAUGAUCAAGCAUGGUAUGACAAAUGAUGCUGAGACGAGAGACGAGAUGGAAGAAAUGCUAAGGCAAGGGGAAAGGUUGAAAGCAAAAAUUCAAGACAGAAAUUCAGAUGAUGAAGAUGAACGUAAAGGUUUAAGUGAUAUUGAGACUGAACAGGUUGAUGAAGUCGAAAAUACUAAAAUGAAGGAUGUACUUGGUAAAACAGGUGUCAUGAACAUGGCAUUUAUGAGAAACGCUGAAGCUAGAGAAAAGGAAGCUAACCUUCAAAAUAUUGCUAAUAUAAGGGCUUUUGAGAAUGGUGAAGAUCCGAUUAACUCCGACGCUGAUCAUGAUGAAAAUAUUCAACUCAACAGAGGUAGGAGGGUAUAUGUUCCAAGUAACUUGAUAAAAAAGAAGGAAGCAGAAGAGGCGGAUGAAGAAUUGAAGGAGGAAAUUCGUAUUGACAAUUCCAGAAACUUAUCCAAUAGACUAAAUAAAAACACCCUAUCUUCAAAAUCAGCCAAUGGUCAUGAUUCAGAUGCUGCAAACGAAACAGUGGGAGGGCCACAAGAACCAGCUAAUCCAUGGUUAGUUGGUAGUGAUGAUGAAUCAAAUAAAAACGUAAAACGUUCUACAAAGGUUUCAAUUGUCGAUAAGGAUAGCUCCAAGGAAACAAAGAGAACCCAAAAAAUUGAAAAGAAGUUAGCAAAACAAGAUAGAAAGAAUAAAAAAGAUACAUCCAAUGAUGAUGGGGAGUUGCUGCUCGAUUCAGAAAUAUCCAAUAAACUGAACAUUGUUGAUCCUUAUGGUGGUUCUGACAAUGAAUUUGAUGGUGAAUUUUCCUUUAAACAACAAGAUGUUAUUGCGGAUGCUUUUGCUGGUGAUGAUGUUAUCGCCGAAUUUGAAAAUGAGAAGAAGAGAGUUGCUGAUGACGAUGAUGAUAAAGAAGAGGAUGUUACCUUACCUGGCUGGGGUGACUGGGCAGGUAGUGGUACUCAACCUAGAAUGAAGAGGUCUAUAAAGAAGAUCAAGGGUGUUGUACAAAAAGAUAAAAGAAAAGAUAGAAGGUUACAAAAUGUGAUCAUAAACGAAAAGAUAAAUAAGAAGAAUUUAAAGUACCAAUCAUCAGCAGUUCCUUUCCCAUUCGAGAAUAAGGAGCAAUAUGAGAGAUCUUUACGUAUGCCUUUGGGUCAACAAUGGACUUCAAGAAAAUCGCAUCAAAACUUAAUUAAACCAAGAAUUAUGACUAAACCUGGUGAAGUUAUCGAUCCGCUAAAGGCACCAUUUAAAUAG